AUGAUCCUCUUCUAUAUUCUCCAAAAUCUUAUCCUUUUUCUCUCUCUCCCUUACUCUUUGACUCUCCUUCUCUCUCCUCUUUCUAUCUCUCUCUCUCUUUCUCUUCCCUUCUCUUUCACUCCUCCUUUUUCUCCCACUUUACUCUUUCUCUUCUUUUUUUUCUUAUUUUGUAAAUUUCUUUCUUUCUAUUUAUUGAUUGUUACUGUUCCUCUCUCUUUCAACUGUUCUGCUUCUCUUUCUAUCACUCACACACACACAUAUUAUCUCUCUCUCUCUCUCUCUCUCUCUCUCUCUCUCUUUUGCUUACAUGCAUGCACACACAUUUUUUAUUCUUCUUUUCUUACUUUAUUUAUCCUCUUUCCUCUUUUUUCUUCUGCCUCUAUCUAUGUCCUUUUCCCUUUCUUUCCAACUCUCACCCUCCCUCUGCUGUCACCUUCAGUUUCCAUUUCUUUCUCUCUCCCCUUCUCUUUUUCCUAUUAUUCUCUACAUCUUUCUCUUUCUGUUUCUUUUUUCUCUCCUUCCCUUUCUCUUUUUCUCAACAUUACUCUUCUCUUUCUUAGAACAUCUUUCUACUUCUACCUACCAUUUUUAUUGCCUGUCACAAUCUCAUUGUCUUCCCUUUUUCUAUCAAUCACUUUAUUUAUCUUCUUUUCUUUCUUCUCCUUCUUUCUCUUCUGUCUUCUCCAUUCUUUCUCUCUGCUCAUCCCUCUCUUUUCCUUCCUCAAUCCAUACCCCAUACUUAUUUAUCUUUAUCUAUGUUAA